AUGAUGGCUACUACACCAAUUUUGAAUCUAAAUGACGAAAUCAAUAAUGGUCUCAUUCUACCACGUGAAAUAUUACAAUUCAUAUUCUUUAAAAUAAAACCAUUCAAUGAUUUGCUUUUAACUUCAACAGUAUGUCAUCAAUGGCGUCAAAUUACAGCCGAACCUGUAUUUUUUAAUAGAUAUUUUUCAUUCGAUAAACGAUGUAAAGAAAAACUUGUCUCUUGGUUUCAAUUCACCAAUAAAGAUGACAUUACAUUUGAUUCAAUUUCCGGUAGUGGUGGUGAUGGAAGAAAACAAGCAGAAGGAGUUGUUCAUGGUAAACCAAAGAUUGAACAGAACGGUUUCUUUGGAAAGUACAUGUCAAAGUAA